GACAGCGGUCAGUGAGGAUUGGGAAAGCAAUUGGUGUUAGCAAUGUAUGUGAAACUGUCUCCGCGAAACAUCUUUGAACGAUGACAGGCAAACUAAUUUACUUAUGCUAUUUCUUUACACUUUGUUCAUCCGGGUUUAUCAAAUCUAGGAUGACUCAAAUUACCGAAUUGGACAAUUUUCGACCUGCGGAUAAUACAGGAGUUGCUGUUUCAACAAAGAGCAUGUUACAGUGUGCGAUAGAAUGUGCUGACAACUUAGCAUGUGAGUCGUUGUCGUAUCAUUCUGUUCAAGGAAAUUGUCUCCUUAAUCAUUUCUUGUUCGGCAAAGAUUCACCUGGCUUGAGCGGUGAAGAUGGUUGGAAGACGUAUUCGCAAGCCAGAGGACUCAUGACAGACUGCCUAGCGCUGUUACAAACAGGUACUACGCAGAGUGGGGUGUACAAUGUAUCUGUGACAGGGACAGAUACGACCUCGGUCUGGUGUGACAUGGACACAGAUAAUGGUGGCUGGACGGUGUUUCAAAGACGUAUAGAUGGCGCCACCGACUUCUUUAGAGGAUGGGCUGAAUAUAGAGACGGCUUUGGUAACGUUAACCACGAGUUUUGGCUAGGUUUGGAAAAUUUGCACGCUUUCACGUCAGCAGGUGAUACUGAACUGAGAGUUGACAUGGAGGAUUUUGCAAACAACACUGCCUAUGCCCAAUACAACAAAUUCGCCAUUGGGGACGCAGCGACUAAUUACCGAUUGAACAUAUCGGGGUUUUCAGGAAAUGCAGGGAAUUCUCUGGAUCGCCAUAAUGGAUAUAUAUUCCGCACACAUGAUAAUGAUACUACAGGCUGUUCUGUUCUAUACCAAAGCGCCUGGUGGUAUGAAAAUUGUCAUGAAUCCAAUCUGAAUGGGCUGUACUUAUCGGGCAAUACUUCUAUAUAUGCUAAAGGAAUAACAUGGGAAACAUGGAAGGGAUAUUACUAUUCACUGAAAAACACAAAAAUGAUGAUUCGAAGUUUGACGUAAACAUAAUGUUAAUGGUUUAUUUGUAUAUUUGAGUUUACUAGGACAAGCACUGACUUUAUAAACCAAUAUAUGAAUGUUGUUUUUGAUUACAAACAGACACUUAUAAUUUCAAAUGUUAAUAUUGUCUGGUAUCUGUGAUACACAUUAUCAACAUUGUACUAUGGUGAGUAGCUUUUUGCACUCUGAAUAGCAUGUGUAUGGUAAAGAAAAGAGACAUUCCUGUGAAAUGUUUGUAAGCUCUUUGCUGAUACAAAAUAUCGUUGACUAUAAGUGUUUAUAAUGGAAUUUUAAAGUUUAAAGUAACUCAUAUCAUAU